UGUUAAAAUGUUAAAUUGUAAAAAAACAAUAUGGCUGCUAAAGUAACCAUGUUGGUGAUAAAAGUGAAUUUCGUGAAUUGUGGUUUAUAGUGAGAUUUUAAGAUUGUUUUUAAUAGAUCCUAGUUAUAGUAAUAUAUUUAUUAUUUAAUGUCAGUAGAAAUUGCUACUUAUUUAGUGAAUUUAUUUGUAAAAAAAGUGAACGCGUCACCGGUGGUGAUUUUGUGGUGAAAUCUGGCGGUCACCAGUGCAGCCAAGCCGUAAGCCCAGGUAUUAAGCGGUAAGAUGUCGUUCCCGCCUCGGCCGCCGCUGGUGCCAUACGGGAUAGCGCCUGGAGUCGUCACAAUGCAGAUGCCCACACAUGUGAUGGUGGGAGCAUACAGUGCAAGCGGUGCGGGCGGCGGACGAGGGGCCCUGCUGCCUGCGCCCCCGCCCGGCAAGGCCGUCAUCUCUCGCGGACCGACGCGCAACGCUAACGGUGCAAAGGAUCCUGAGGGACCUGCCGUUACAGUCUUCAUAGGUAACAUAUCCUCUAGAGCUCCGGACGCCAUGAUCCGCUCCCUACUGGGCGCUUGUGGCCCCGUGCUCAGUUGGAAACGUGUGUCCACGUUUGGAUUCAGUGAGUUCGCCAGUCCCGAGGCGGCGCUGCGCUGCGUGCGGCUACUGAACAGUAGACCCGUGGCUGACAAACAGCUGCUUGCCAAGACUGAUGGCAAGAUGCAGGCUUUAGUUGAUACUUAUAAAACUGAGCAGCGGUCCAGGCUCGGUCAGGAGGAGGGCGCCCCGGGCACGGAGGGCGAGGCCUCCUACCUGGACGCCCGACAGAGGGCGCUCGACGAGGCCGCCGAGCGACGCCUGCAACAGAUUAUGCGCGAUUACCAGGACGAUAUUAAUAAUUAUGAGCUGCUGCAAAAGGAGGAAGCGAUCUCCAAAACGGCGCGCGUGCUCGAGGAAGCCGACAUAUCUGAGGAGAAGCGCGAUGUGAUCCAUCGCGAGAUUGGCAAGUUCCGCGAGAGUAUGAAGGAGGAGGCCGAGGUCGUCGUGCGACGCAAGCGGGACAACAAGGACGAGCCCGAGCGGCCGCGCGAGCGGGACGAGCGACGCGAGCGGGACGACCGCCGCGAGCGACCCGCCGAGCGGGAUCGGGAGCGCGACAAGGACCGCGAGCGAGACAGAGACCGGGAACGCGAUCGAGACAAGGAGAGAGAUAGAGAUGCCAGAGAUAAAGAUCGUCGCCGUCGGAGUACUUCGAGGAGUAAAGACCGACGCGAGGAACGUGACAAGGAGAGGGAGAGGGAACGCGAAGAGAGGGAACGAGACAGAGAACGGGAACGGGAGCGAGAAAGAGAAAGGGAGAGGGAGCAACGCGAGCGAGAACGAGAGAGGGAGAUACGUGAGCGAGAGAGGGAAAGAGAAAGGGAACGUGAACGUGAACGCGAGCGAGAACGCGAACGCGACAGAGAACGCGAGCGGUCCCGCGAGCGGUCGCGCGGUCGCAGCCGCAGCGAGGCGGACGCCCGGAAGGACAAGGAACAGGAGGACGAGGCGCGGGAGAAGAAGCGGCUGGAGAAGAAAGCCAGGGAGAAGGAAGCUGCUUACCAGGAGAGAUUGCGAAACUGGGAGAGUCGGGAACGGCGGAAGGCAAAGGAGUAUGAGAAGGAAAGAGAGAGGGAGCGGUGUCGCGAGGAGGAGAGGGAGAAGGAGGCCAAGCGGCUGAAGGAGUUCCUGGAGGACUACGAUGACGAGAGGGACGACCACAAGUACUACAAGGGCAAGGAGCUACAACGAAGACUCGGCUUACGAGUGCGCGAAGCAGAAGCCGACGCUCGGGAACGGGCUCGAGAAGCCGAGGAGUUAGAAGCUUUACGCGCCCGAGUGUGGGGCUCCCGGCCGCCGGACGACCCCGGGGCGCGCGCGGCGUACGAGCGGGCGCGCGCGGCGCUGGACGCGCAGUACCGGCCGCGCCUGCUCAUCGACGUCAGUCUGCAGCACGACCAGCAGCGCGCGCAGGAACUGCAGCGCGCCGAGCGCAGGGAGGAGGCACGCCGGGAGUACCGGCCGCGCCUGCUCAUCGACGUCAGUCUGCAGCACGACCAGCAGCGCGCGCAGGAACUGCAGCGCGCCGAGCGCAGGGAGGAGGCACGCCGGGAGUACCGGCCGCGCCUGCUCAUCGACGUCAGUCUGCAGCACGACCAGCAGCGCGCGCAGGAACUGCAGCGCGCCGAGCGCAGGGAGGAGGCACGCCGGGAGUACCGGCCGCGCCUGCUCAUCGACGUCAGUCUGCAGCACGACCAGCAGCGCGCGCAGGAACUGCAGCGCGCCGAGCGCAGGGAGGAGGCACGCCGGGAGUACCGGCCGCGCCUGCUCAUCGACGUCAGUCUGCAGCACGACCAGCAGCGCGCGCAGGAACUGCAGCGCGCCGAGCGCAGGGAGGAGGCACGCCGGGAGUACCGGCCGCGCCUGCUCAUCGACGUCAGUCUGCAGCACGACCAGCAGCGCGCGCAGGAACUGCAGCGCGCCGAGCGCAGGGAGGAGGCACGCCGGGAGUCUGCAGCACGACCAGCAGCGCGCGCAGGAACUGCAGCGCGCCGAGCGCAGGGAGGAGGCACGCCGGGAGGUACGUGGACUAUACUUUACUCAUUAAUCAGUACCGGCCGCGCCUGCUCAUCGACGUCAGUCUGCAGCACGACCAGCAGCGCGCGCAGGAACUGCAGCGCGCCGAGCGCAGGGAGGAGGCACGCCGGGAGGCCCGUGAGCGCGCGGCCCGCGAGCGCGAGCGCUACCUGCGCCUGGCGGCGGUGCGGCAGCUGCCGCGCGAGGCCUCCCCCAUCGAGUCGUCCAGCUCGGGCGCCGCCUCGCCGGCCGCGGCCUCCCCCCGCUGUCGCCGGCCGCGUCCCCCCGCGCACGCCCCCGCGCCGCCACGCGCGCCGCGCCUCGCCGCCCAGCUCCGACCCCGGCACCACCCCGCCGCAGCCCCCCACGCCCCCCCACCACACUGUGACGUCGACGGGUAGUUCACCCAUCACGAUCAGUUUCAAGAACCACCAUAAGUUGAGCCCCUCAGCUAAUGAUACGCCCAACGCUUGGAGGUUGGGGCACUAUAUGGGACGAGAAUCAGGUCGCGUUAGACGCGUACACGCAGCGUUCGCAGGCGAUGACGACGAGCCCACAGGCGGUCCCCCCCACGGGGGACAUCCCCCUUCACACGGGGCCCCACCCUCACACGGAACCCCCACCGGGGGACACACACACGACCAACCACGACCAAAAGAAAAGAAAGAUAAAUCAAAGAAGGGCAGCAGUGGCGCCGCCAACGCGGAGGCGGCGGCCGGCGACAAGGAGAACCGCAGCGCCGAGGAGAAACGGAAACACAUUAAAAGUCUCAUCGACAAGAUACCCACACAGAAAGAUCAACUGUUCCAGUAUAAACUUGAUACUGCACAGAUUGACAACGUACUAAUGGAGAAGAAAAUCCGGCCGUGGAUAAACAAGAAGAUAAUCGAGUACAUCGGCGAGCCGGAGCCGACGCUGGUGGACUUCAUCUGCAGCAAGGUCGUCGCCGGCUCCGCGCCGCAGGGGAUACUCGAUGACGUGCAGAUGGUUUUAGACGAAGAAGCGGAGGUGUUCGUGGUGAAGAUGUGGCGGCUGCUCAUAUACGAGCUGGAGGCCAAGCGGGCCGGCCUGCACAAGUGAACCUGUGCUGGCCUGCACGGACCUGUACGCACGGCCUGCGCGGCCUGCACGGACGGACGCAUAGCGAUAACAAUAUGUACCUCCUAGUCUAGCGAUUAAAUAAAUUACAAUAUUAUUAUC